CUCAGCGGAAGCCGAGCGCCAAACUCAAAUUUUAGCAGCACCCGGACUCCUUUAGGCUGGUUCCGUGGGCCGGGCCUGCUGGACUUUUCUGCUUUCUGGCAGGGGCCGCGGUCCAACAUGAGCCAGGUUCUGUUCCAAGAGCCGGUCCCGCUGCAGGUGAAAUGCAAAGACUGCGAGGAGAGGAGAAUAACUGUUAGAGUGAGCAUUGAACUACAAUCAGUUUCCAAUCCAGUUCACAGAAAGGAUUUAGUUAUCCGUCUGACUGAUGAAAUGGAUCCAUUUUUUCUAUAUAACCUUGUUAUAUCUGAGGAAGAUUUUCAGAGUUUAAAAUUCCAGCAAGGCCUUCUGGUAGACUUCUUAGCUUUCCCACAAAAAUUUAUAGAUCUCCUUCAGCAGUGUACUCAAGAACAUGCCAAAGAAAUUCCAAGGUUUUUGUUACAGUUAGUUUCUCCAGCACCUAUUUUGGAUAACUCACCUGCCUUUUUAAAUGUGGUAGAGACAAAUCCUUUUAAGCAUCUGACACACCUCUCACUAAAACUUUUACCUGGAAAUGAUGUAGAAAUAAAGAAGUUUCUGGCCGGCUGUUUGAAAUGUAGCAAGGAAGAAAAAUUAUCAUUGAUGCAAUCACUAGAUGAUGUUACUAGGCAACUGAAUUUCACACAAAAGACAUUAUCCGAAAAAAUCCAAGAAUUAGAUAAGUUACAGAAUGAAUGGGCAUCACACACAGCUGCAUUGUCAAAUAAGCAUUCCCAGGAACUGACAAAUGAGAAAGAAAAGGCCUUGCAGGCACAGGUACAGUACCAACAGCAGCAUGAACAACAGAAAAAAGAUUUAGAAAUCCUCCAUCAACGAAAUAUCCAGCAACUACAAAACAAAUUAUCUGAGUUAGAAGCAACUAAUAAAGACCUAACGGAAAGGAAAUAUAAAGGAGACUCUACCAUCAGAGAACUGAAAACAAAACUGUCUGGUGUAGAAGAGGAACUCCAGCGGGCUAAGCAAGAAGUCCUCUCUUUGCGAAGAGAGAAUUCUACACUAGAUGCCGAAUGCCAUGAAAAAGAAAAGCAUAUUAAUCAGCUACAAACAAAAGUGGCUGUUUUAGAACAGGAAAUCAAGGAUAAGGACCAGCUUGUUUUAAGAACAAAAGAAGCAUUUGAUACAAUCCAGGAACAAAAGGUGGCUUUAGAAGAGAAUGGUGAGAAAAAUCAAGUACAGCUAGGAAAACUUGAAGCUACAAUAAAAUCAUUAUCAGCAGAACUUCUUAAGGCAAAUGAAAUUAUCAAGAAGUUACAGGGGGAUCUGAAAACUUUAAUGGGUAAAUUAAAACUGAAGAAUACAGUAACUGUUCAACAAGAGAAACUCUUGGCUGAGAAGGAAGACAAAUUACAAAAGGAACAAAAGGAAUUACAAGAUGUUGGACAGGCUCUCCGAAUUAAAGAGCAAGAGGUAUGCAAAUUACAAGAACAGUUAGAAGCUACUGUUCAAAAGCUUGAAGAAAGCAAACAGCUUCUAAAAAAUAAUGAGAAGUUAAUCACAUGGUUAAAUAAAGAACUAAAUGAAAAUCAGCUAGUGAGAAAACAAGAUGUAUUGGGACCUUCUACCACUCCACCUGUGCAUUCUAGCAGUAACACAAUUAGAAGUGGAAUUUCUUCUAACUCUAAUGUGGUUGAUGGUAGACUGACUUACCCAACUUUUGGGAUUGGUUAUCCUAUCUCCUCUGCAUAUGCAUUCCAGAGUAACUUUCCUCAUCCUGUAUCUGCCAAAAAUACCAACCACCCAAUUUCAGGACCAAAGGUUCAUUUUAACUUGCAGUUUACAAAACCAAAUACGUCACUAGGAGAUGUUCAGUCAGGAACAACCAUUAGUAUGCCUUGCUCAACUGAUAAGGAAAAUGGUGCAAAUUUAGGGCUGGAAUCCAAAUACCUGAAGAAAAGGGAAGAUAGCAUUCCUUUACGUGGGCUCAGCCAAAACCUGUUCAAUAAUCCAGACCAUCAAAAAGAUGGCACUUUAGGAGCCUUACAGACCUCUUCAAAACCCGCAGUGCUCCCUUCUCCAUCUUCAGCAUACUUCCCUGGGCAGUUAACAAACAGUUAAUGCUAGUGUUAUCUUUUUACUUUUUAUUGAACUUUUAGAAAUCCCCAUGGUUUAAAAAUAACAUGAACAGAUCCUAAGCCAGCAAGUUUCAAAGUUUGAGAUUACUGUAUUAGAUUGUUUGGAUCCUUUUUAAAGUACUGCUGUUGUCUUAUGGCAAGCUAGAGGAGCCAGUUUUAUACUUGGUGGGCUUGGAGUGAAGAUUCUGAGUAAAUGACACUUUAGUUUGGAACAUGGUAUUUUAAAAUAAUAGUAGGAGUUUUAUUAAAUGAGUCCUUAGAAAUUCUCAAGUUCCAAGGAAAGAGUUGAUCCUAAUAAGGGACAUUCUAGUCAUAUUGAGUAUAUAGGUAAAUGAAAACCUGCUCAGACAUAAUAUGAAGCCAAAGAAUGUUAAUAAUUCCUUUAUUUUCAUUGGUAAAAUAAAAGUUUUAAAUUUGACAUCUGAAAAUUAUGAGGGAAAAUGAUUACCUCCAAAGAUAUCUGUAUUAUUGAUAUUUACAGUAAAGGGAAAAGUCCUAAAAUUACCUUCAGUGAAUGAAAUUAAUCCUUCAUAGCAAGUAAAUAUUUUCCUUGUUAACAUCUUUAAAUUAGCUAUUGAACAAGUCUACUAAGUAAUUUUGAUAAAUUAUAAAAAUAAUUUGGACAAUGUAUUUUUAUGACCAGAUUAGGUAUAAAGUGCUUUUAAAUCAUUUGAGUUGCAAAGUUUAUACGAUUUUAAUGCUUACUGGAAAGUCCACACUCACCUGGUUUUUCUUUCUUUGGAGUUUUAUUAGUUUGUUAUGCAGUUAAAUCUGUAUUAGUGGAAUGUUUUAAAAAUUAGUACUAAAUAAGAACAUCAUGAAUAUUGUAUUUAUAAUAUUGGAGCAGGUUCAUUUUAAUGUUUGCUUAAUAAAGUAGGCAAAAUAAGUAACUGUUAAAGUUACUUUUUUCUCUCUCCUGUAACCAGUUUCAAGUAAGAAGUAUUUGUAAAAAAUUAGGUUAAAAAAAUUUCAACCAAUCAAGGGAUCCCUAUUUUGUUUUGUUGUUUAUGACCACCCAAUACAAGUGGCAUUCUCUUAAGAAACCUAUAGAUCAGUUUUUGCAAAGAUUGCUAACGCUCAUGUGAUAUUUAAAAAGCUCUUUUUAAGAACUUUACUACACAGAGGAGACAUUCAGUAUAUUAAUACCAAUGUCACUGGGUUCAUGAGAAGACAAAGAAUCUAGUUAUUUGCUAAUAUUUUUCUGAGGCCACAGUAUAGAGUCUUAUGAUACGUUGAAACUCUGCUGAUAGUUGCAGUCUUAACUAGGGGGGUUUAUCCUAAAAAAUUUAGUAACUCUUACUGGGCAGUGACUUUAAUAUAUGAGUAUUAGUAAGAAUACUUGGUUACAGUAACUUGAAAGUACUUACUAAUAAUCUGGAAAGUAGCCUCUUGAUGAUUUUAGAAUUUUUCCUGUAAAUAUUAUGUAAUAUAUAUAAAACAUUGUGACAGGGUUUGGAUGGGAUUUAUGACAUACAGGGAGUUCUUUUUUAUUUGAAAUUGUUUUGCAGUUCUGCAGUGUACAGUUGUACAUGUGUUAAUAAUCACAAGGUUGCACUUAAUGUAUUUCUGUAAACUGAGCUUUGUUAAAUAAAGUAUUUAUGGAGUA